CUUUCCACUCAUGCCUUGUGCCUUUGUCUCUAGUCUUUCUAGGCUUCCACAGCGAUGAGUUGGUGGAGGGAUAAUUUCUGGAUCAUCUUAGCUGUGGCCAUCAUCAUUGUGUCCUUGGUCCUGGGUCUCAUCCUGUACUGCCUCUGCAGGUGGCAGCUUAGACAAGGCAAGAAGUGGGAAAUUGCCAAGCCCUCAAAACAGACCGGAAGAGAUGAAGAAAAGAUGUACGGGAAUGUUCUGGAUUCCUCACCUGGUCAGGUGCCUGCUCUACCACCCAGGGGUUCACCUUUUCUCGGGGACCUAGCCCCACAGGAAGCACCAAGCCAACCACCGACGUGGUACUCAUCAGUGAAGAAAGUCAGAAACAAGAAGGCCUUUGCCACUGAGCCAGAAAGUGACUACGAUGAUGUUGAGAUCCCAGCGAGCACUGAAAACCAACACUCUAGAAAAUCCACACCUUUUUGGCAAGCUGAAAGGGGAUUGCACAGUUUAUUUUAGAAUAAUCGAGAAUGGUUGGACCAUAACACAAACACUUCUCAAACGCUGGAGGAAGCCGCCUUGGCUAUGUGAGAGCUACAGCAGAGGACAGGACAUCUUGAUUUUCCCAGGGCCCCAGAUGUCCCUGUUGUUCCAGAUGUCACUGUUGCCCCAGAUGUUCCAGAAGCUCUGCCCUGAUACUCUGAGGGUCUAGCCUCUGUACUUCUGUGGAGGAGGUUUCCUUAAUGCAGACCGCUGGGCCUGUGAGAAUCAACUCAUUUCCCAACAUUCCCCUUUUGUUCCCUUGGUGAAUGUGGCUCUAACCCAGAGGUUCUCAACCUUCCUGAUGCUGCGACCCUUUAGUACAGUUCCUCAUGUUGUGGUGAC